AUGGCGGACCCCAAUCUCCCCUCUCCACCCUUUGUCUACGUCCAGGGGCUGCCCAACUUCCGGGAUAUAGGCGGCUACCCAGUCGCCUCGCAACCGGGCAAGAUCGUGCGCCACGGCGUGGUCUUCCGUUCCUCGGAGCCGUCCAAGGUGACGGACGACGGGGUGGCCCAGCUGCAGGCGCUCAGCAUCGCUGACGUGUACGACCUGCGGUCGCGGCAGGAGAUCGAGCGCGAUGCGGCCCAGGGCCACGGGCGCCAGGCCAAAGAGUGGGCAGGGGCCCGGCGCAUCUUUGCACCCGUCUUCCUGGACGAGGAUUACUCGCCCGAGGCUAUCGCCCUGAGGUUCAAGAAUUACGCCGAUGAGAGCUCAAAGGGCUUCGUGCAAGCGUAUCAGGACAUCCUCAAAUCUGCCUCCUCUCAAGAGAACGAGGCACAACCCUACCGGUCUAUUCUGAAGCACCUCGCCACCCCUAGCAGCGGCAGCGGCAGUGCACCCGCCCCGAUACUUCUUCACUGCACCGCGGGCAAGGACAGAACGGGUGUGAUCUGUGCCCUCAUUCUCUCGCUGUGUGGGGUGGACGAUGAUGUAGUCGCCCAUGAGUACAGCCUCACGGAACUCGGGCUCAAGUCUCGCCAUGCCGAGUUCACGAGGCAUCUCAUCAAGGAGCCGGCCCUGAAGGGCAACCCGGCCGGCGCGAGGCGCAUGGUCGGGUCGAGGAAGGAGAAUAUGACCGGCACGCUCAACAAGAUCCGGGAGAUCUGGGGCUCGGUAGAGCAGUGCGUUAUAGACUUGAAUCUCCUCGACGAGGCUGGCAUCGAGCAGUUGCGGCGAAACCUAAUUAUAGAAGAGGCCGAAGCCCGCGGCACCAACGAUUGGCAAAGCCAUGCCAAGCUUGUGGUAAAGGCGCAGGUGGAAGCAGAUGCCGAGGCCGAGAGAAUCGCAGCCUCAUCCCAGAUGUAA